AUGGCCAUGCUGACGCUCUGGAAACGCCUAGGCCGUCCCGGAUACGGGAUCGUCCACGACAUCCGCAACCGGCUACCGUACCUAAAGCUGGACUAUACCGACGCCUGGAACUACCGCGUGGUGGCGCUGACCACGUUCUUGCUCUUUGCCAACAUCCUCCCAGAACUCUCGUUCCUGUUGGACCAGUUCGUCGGCACCAACAAUUCCUACGGGCUUAAUGAAGUGCUCAUGCUGAGUGCUAUUGGCGGGUGUGCUUUUGGUCUCUUCAGUGGCCAGCCGCUAAAUGUGGUCGGGGUCACAGGGCCAGUCUCAGUGAUUCUGACAACGAUCUAUGACCUUGUACAUCCUAUGGGAACUCCAUUUCUUCAGUUCAUGUGCUGGGUGUACCUCUGGCUGGCUUUAUUCCACUGGAUCAUUGCAUUCUUUAAUGGUGUGAAGUGGUUAGGUAUUGUCACUCUGUACCUGUGCAACUCGUUUGGCUUUUUCAUCAAUUUUGUGUAUCUCACCAAAGCCAUUCAAAUCUUAAGCGACCAGUUCCAUGUGCUGGUGGCGCUGGGGUUCGCCCUGGUGGUGGUGCUGUUGCUCAUGGUGUUCUUUGGAGUGGGAGCUCACCUAUUCGGUAGCUCCACCCAUUUCCUCAGACCGUGGAUGCGCAAGAUCUUCUUGGACUACGGCACCCCCGCGGCAGUGGUGUUUUUCACUGGUUUUGUCCACUUUGGAGGUUACCUUAAUAACGUCAAAUUCCAAAACCUCCCUACUACCACCAGUUUCCAGCCCACCGAUAAAGUCAAUAGACCUCACGGAUGGUUUAUCCACUUCUGGGAAGGGGUUACCGUGGGCGACGUGUUUUUGGCAGUUCCGUUCGCAUUAUUGGUGACGUUCUUAUUCUACUUUGACCACAACGUCAGUGCCAUCAUGUCGCAACCCCUCAAAUACCCCUUAAAGAAACCAGCCCUGUUCCACUGGGACUUCGCCUUACUUGGCAUCACCACCGGCGUGUGUGGCCUUAUCGGCAUCCCCGCAUGUAACGCCUUGGUACCGCAACUGCCGUUGCACACCGAGUCGUUGGCAGUGUAUAACGACGACGGCGAGAUUGUCGACGUCGUCGAGCAAAGAGUGAGCAACACGGCACAGGGAGCUAUCACUUUCUUCCUCAUGCUGGGCCCCAUGCUCGUGGUGCUUGGCCUCGUGCCCCAAGCAGUGCUUGCGGGCCUUUUCUUCGUCAUGGGUAUUAUCGGUAUUCACGAGCUGAUCGUUACUGAUAAGAUCCGCUACAUCUUUACACAAAAGCAGUUCAAGGCGCGUGACUUCCCCAUGAUCGACCACGCGGUGUCGCAGUUGCUGGACUACCGGUGGUUCCUCCUCUACGUGGUGCUUGAAGCACUUAUGGGGCUUGCCGAAUACGCGAUCACCGUUACCCCAGGGGCUAUCGGAUUUCCCUUAGUGCUUUUGGUAUCGUUAGUGCUCGCACGGUGGGUGUGGCCGCGUAUCUUCAAUCCCAGUGACUUGGCCGUUUUAGAUGGGCCCGUGUGCGAUCCCGCGAUCAUGCGGGCGCUCAAGUUGAAGCAGGAAUCCGACGAGAGCGAGCUGGACAUGGAGUUGGUGCUGGCGGAGCUGGCGCCGCUGGUGGAGGGACUCAAACACCGCAAGCGAGAAGUGGAGACAAAGGUGUAA